AUGACUGAACCAUCAUCCCCCUUCCUCAUCCUCGUCGCUACCUUACUCGACUCCCUUCCUCCUUUUCUUCCUAUCACAGAUACACUCUUACUACAGCUUCAUGCGGUGUUCGGUUCAAUGCUAUUAUCAGCUUUACAGCUUGUCGAUAAACGGGAAGUCGUGAGGGUCUCGCUACCUUCUGAUCGAUAUGUUUACCAGGUCGCCUCUUCGUCGGGUAAAAACUAUACAAUACAUCUCAACCCUCCUCCCCCGACAACCAAUCUCAUACCUGACAUCCCAUCUCCUGAACCAACGGCGACACCGCCCAAAGAAGAACCGGACCUGCUUCCUCCUGCGCCAAUGGGAGAAAGCAUACCUCGUACGCCAUCACCUACAGGAUCACAGAUACAAACUUUCAAUCCGCUUCUAUCGUCACCCGCUCAGCAGCAUCGUACGCCUUCACCCGCUUCACCUCUUGUUGAGGAUGAAGAUUCGGAAUCAAUCUCACAGCAUACGAUCAGCCAGAAAGAUAUAUUACGCAGGGAACGGAUCGCAAGAUUAGCAGACGAUCUGAAGAGCAUGUACUGUCCAUGUGCGGGUUGGAGUUAUGGUUGUUUAGCUGGCGAGAAGACGAUUCUAUGCAAACACCUCUUAGCGGUCAUCAUCGCGAGUAAGAUCGGCCGAGAAGUUAGGGCCGAUGGUGAUGUGAGGGGAGCAGCUGGUCUGUUGGGCCUGACGUGA